AUGACCCAUUGGCACUCGACAUUCGUCGAUCUUGAAUCAGCAUUUCGCAUUCCUCCUCCUUUCCUAGACAUGUUGGCUUGGCUCAAGGCCGAUGAUGUCGACGACAUUGCCACUUUGGAUACCAACGCUCUGCCCAACGAGGCUUUUCCCUCUCGCCACCCGAUCGAGUUGAACCAGGACGCUCUUGUCUGUCUCAACGACUCCCGACGGCCCCCGAGGCACUCACAACAGCCUGUCCAUGCACAGACUUCGUCUCAUCUGCCACAUGCCGCGGCCACAGGCGACUGGCAACCAGGGCCGGCAGAGCCGCACGCAAAGCCGCUGGCCUCUUCGGCGGUCGUGCCGGUGUUGGUGUCCGGAGCUGUACCAUCCUCAGCUCUGGCUCCUCAGUUGUCCACACCGCCGGCCGCCACCGCCACUUUUCCCACCAUCAGCGUUCUCUCCGGCCAACUGCGUCCGACCGCCGUCUCCGUCGUCUCGGUCGUCUCGUCGGCCAUGACAGCGCAACAGGCCGCCGGCCCGACGACUGCUGUCGCCAACAGCAGACUCUCCUGGCCGUCGCAUCACUCCUCGAGGGAGCGCGAGACGGCGAUCGGAGAAGCCACGAUCGGAGAGCAACUACCGCCCGGCUCGACGAUCGGCAUUCAGCCGGCUCAGGUCGGUCUCGUGGUGGCGGUCAAGACCAGCGGGAGACCGCAGCAGCCAGCGACAAAUCCUCUCGACGGGUAG